AUGUCCGAUUUACUUGAUCGUCCACGUUCGGAACUUACGCAGGAAGAGAUAGAACAAUUGGAAGAGUUCGAGUUUAAAAAUGGACCCAUGUCUUUGAUAAAUGAUGCCAUGGUAGCCAAUACCCCUGUGAUCAUAUCGUUGAGGAAUAAUCACAAAAUAAUAGCCCGUGUGAAAGCUUUUGAUAGACACUGUAAUAUGGUACUUGAAAAUGUUAAAGAACUAUGGACAGAAAAACAGGGCAAAAAGGCGUUAAACCGAGAAAGGUUUGUCAGUAAGUUGUUCCUUAGAGGUGACUCUGUCAUCAUCGUUUUGAAGGCUCCAAUAUAG